AUGUUGAGACUGCUGGUCUAUUCUCUGAGUGUUUACCUGGCCACAGCCCAAAUACUAGAUUGUCCUUUAGAAUGGGUACGAGAUGACCUAGGUCAGAGAUGCUAUAAGUUUAUGUUUGACCAGCAGAGUUAUGAGCAGGCCACCAUGUUAUGUGCGGAAAUGGGGUCACAUCUGGUCACGGUCAACAACGCCAACGAAUAUACCUUCAUCAAUAACUACCUACAAACCAAUGAUGGAGCCAGGAGUAAAUGGCUGACCAGCGGGGAGCAGGAUCUCUCCAUUUCACAAAUGUUCCGAUGGAUGGGCGACUCAAGUGUUUUGGACACCAGCCUUAGCCAGUUCAUGAGUCCUGGUGGUUCUGGCACCAUCAUUGUCUUUACUUUUGUAGGUGUGGAGUAUAAAUUGGGGCUCGCAAAAGUCAGCGACAAACUGAACUACAUCUGUGAGAUUGCAAUGGAACAGGCCUACAUGGUUCUCAACCAGGACCGAGACUUCCGUUUUGGGACGUACGUCACAAAUGAAAAAGACAUGUUGUAUGGACCACAGUUUACAAAGAUGCCAGAAGAUGUUAUCAUGAUUCCUUCAUCAUCUCAAGCAUAUGUUGAGUGUCGAGCGAUGGGAAAUCCACCUCCUACAUACCGCUGGUUUCGUGGUGACGAUGAGGGCCAAAUUAAUGAGGAGGUGACUCCAUCCUCAAGUCUAAGGUACACACUGACAAAUGGAAAACUAACCAUUCAGGCACCAAAUGAAGACGAAGAUGCAGGAUACUACAGAUGUGAGGUGGAAAAUAGAUUUGGAAAAAUUAUCAGUGACCCCAUACAACUAUCAUUUGGCUUCCUGGCAGACUUCUCUAAUGUAAAGGAUGCCCCUGUGCCAGCCAUAGCCUAUGAUGGAGCAGUCGUGUCCUGUAGUGAUAUCAAAUAUAAACCAGAUGUAGUUUAUAACUGGAUGCGACAGGGAUACAGUGGUUCAGGGUUUGAAUAUAUUUACACGGAACUCAUGCCUUACAUGUUCCUGUCUGCCAAUGGUAAGCUGUACUUCACAGAAGUGACCAGGGUAGAUGAGGCAGAUUACUUCUGUCAGGUGACCCUGUCUGGACUAUCGUCGACGGUUGUGGGAUCAAGUCAACCACCCAGCAAGACUAGUCUACCAAUCUUCCUUGAUGUUUCUGAUUCAGCUGCCAGAGCUGACUGGGGUCCUGAUAUUCACAAUGAUUUCAUCGCUGUUUUCCCAAAACCUCCGAUGAGAGGGGAAGAACUCCGACUAGAAUGCUUUGCUUAUGGAACAGCCAAGAACUACGAGAACUCUUGGUCGUAUUCAUGGAGUCGUGCUGGCAAACCUAUGCCAUCCCAUACCAAGUUCACGGACCUUAAUCGCGUACUGACCAUCCAGAACGUCCAGCGUGAGGAUGAGGGGACCUACACGUGUUUGGUCAGUCGUGGAAAUGCUGCUAGUGAUUCAAAGUCAGUCACCAUUAACUUGGAAGCUCGGCCAUAUUUCUUGGUUCCUCUGCGUCCCCAGCACAUUGACGAAGGUGCCCAUUUGACUUGGCGGUGUCAGGCAGGUGGUCGACCAAUACCUUACUACACCUGGUAUCGCAAUGGAGAGAUGAUCACCACAACAACACCUGGCAUGACUGUUAAUAAGAAUGUCCUUACUAUCACUAAUGCCAACUCAGAAGCUCACAAUGGCAUGUACCAGUGUGCUGCUACCAACAUCCACGGAACCACCCUCAGUGGUGCUGAACUCCGCGUCUAUGCAUUUGCACCAACCUUUGCAAAAUCUCCAAUGAAAGAGAGUCAGGAUGCUGCUCUCCGUGGCAACAUGACCUUGACCUGUAACCCUGAGGCUGCACCAAAACCGGAAAUCACAUGGCUUAAAAAUGGCAACCAGCCUUUAUCUACAGGAGGAAAUAUAGAGAUCUUAAUCAAUGGUGACCUACAUAUCAGUAACAUCAACAAUAAUGAUGGUGGUAUCUACACCUGUAAGGCAACCAACCAACAUGGAGAGGCACAGGAUUCAACUCGUGUCAACAUCAGGUCUGGAACAACAAUGAACAGGAUAAUGACACCCAAGAUGAAUGUAAAUCUCAAUGAAACAGCUUUCCUCAGGUGUGAAGCUUCUUACGACCCUGUUCUCGAUCUCAUGUAUGCUUGGAAGUUCAAUGGAAGAGAGUUGGAUAUUGAAAAUGAUGUACAUUAUUCUUUGGGUACACACUCCAACUCCAGAGGUUUAUACAUUAAGAAUGUUCAGUUUAAACAUGAAGGCCAGUAUGAAUGUGUAGCACGAACACCCCUGAAUGAAGCUUUUACUGCCGGGGAACUCACUGUGCUCGGACCCCCAGGAGAAUGUGGAGGUGUGUUUGCUGACCCCCACACUGUCACUACAACUACAAUCAUGCUGUACUGGUUUCCAGGAGAAGACAAUGGUCGUCCUAUUGACUACUAUAUCAUACAGGCUGAAGCUGUUAUUCUACCAGAUGUCUGGGUCACAGUUCGUGCUGGGGUGCCGGACGUGGAAGCAAUCAUUGAUGGGAACUCUCGUGACAUGAGGUCGAUCAUGGUAUCUGGUCUGGACCCUGGAAAUGGAUAUCGCUUCAGGGUACAGGCCGCUAAUGCCUAUGGUAUUGGAAUCCAUAGUAAAGCCUCACAGAUUUACCAGACAAAACCUGCACCCCCAUCAAGGGCCCCAACAGGCGUCAGUGGAGGAGGUGGUAGCGUGGGGGAUCUCAGUAUGGUCUGGGAGGUACUCUCCCGUGUUUACAGAGGAGGACCAAACGUCAGAUACAUUGUAUAUUGGCGAGCAUAUUCCAAUGAUCCAAAUCGCCAAUGGAGUACGAAAGAGAUUUCCAACGUCAAUACUACCAAAUAUGUACACACAGUUGGGGAUACCAACUUUUACAUGAGGUAUGAGGUGAAAGUUCAGGCCUUCAAUGAUUAUGGCAAGGGUCCAAACUCUACUGAAGUCAUCAUCUACUCGGCAGAAGGAUUGCCUGCUGCUGCCCCAGAGAAGGUCAAUGCUGAUGGGUUUAACUCGACAGCUAUGGAAGUUUUCUGGACACCAGUAGCUAACACCAGGACAGCAAUGAAGGGCCUGGUCAGAGGUUAUCAGAUCAACUACUGGCCAAAUAAUGCUGAAGAUCCACCAUUGAAGCAAUUCAUUCGUUACCAGGGACAACGGGACACAGGCCUAGUGAUUGGUCUGGAGGCAGACAGUUACUUUUGGUUUGAUGUACAAGUGUACAAUACCGCAGGCCUGGGCCCCCUCAGUGAGAAAUACACACAGGAAACUAAAAAUCCAGCUCCAUUCCUUUACCCUCAGGAAACCCAUGUCCAUUCCCAAGGGUCAGAUUCAGUCAAAAUUACCUGGAGGGGCAUCAGUACCUCAGUAGCAGAAGAUACUCUUAGGGGAUACGUGGUGUACUUCUGGCAAGCCAAUGAGAACUUCAGGACUGCUACAGAAGUGCAGGUAGACCGCAAACCUACAGAAUAUAUCAUCCAGGGACUCAAGAAAAACAUUGUGUAUGCUGUGAGAAUCGCUGGCUUCAGCGGUGGAGGUGCUGGGAAAAAAUCACCCACUGUUUACUUCACUUUAGGUGGUAUGGUGUAUGUUGACCCAACACUGACUGACAUCCGAGCUGCAGCAUCCAUCAAUUCCUCAUCAUUUGUUUCUAUUCUGUGUAUCGCCAUAGUGACAUUAUUGCUACAAAAAUAAGUGCUGAGAAGUGUGCCUGCAGAGACCUACAUGCACAUUGCUAUGUGAUUAAAUCCAUUUGAAUCUGUAGAAACUUCAUAGAUCUGUUAAUAACAUAUCAUUUGUCUCUAACAUUCCAUUGCCACUUGUAAAUAUGUCCAUAAGUUGUGUACCAUACCAGCCAUCAAGUUCUAUAUUUCAUAUUAUGUAUACUUAUGCAUGCUUUAAUGAAAGUUUUUUCAAGGGUUGAAAACAAGGAAUGUCUAAUAUGUACAGUGAAUAAGGUGAAUAUGUUUACUUGAAACAUUCUGAAUGUGCAUCAA